AUGAACCAGCUUUUCCCACCUAAACCCACUUUCACAGAACAGAAUCUGCCAAACCAAGCAGGCAGAGUAUUCAUCAUCACUGGCGGAGCAUCUGGCAUUGGACUGGAACUCUGCAAGAUUCUUUAUGCAGCCAACGCGACGAUAUACAUCGCGACCCGCUCAAGUGAGAAGAUAGCCGAAGCAAUCAAGACCAUCAAAGCCCUUCAUCCAUUGAGCAAUGGCAAGCUCGAGCCGCUCGUUCUCGAUCUCGCAGAUCUGACAACAGUCAAACCAGCCGUCGAAUCCUUCCUGGCAAAAGAGUCGAGGUUAGAUGUCCUGAUACACAACGCCGGCGUCAUGAUGCCGCCUCAGGGUAGCACAAGCGCUCAAGGUCAUGAGCUCCAGAUUGGCACCAACGCCCUCGGCCCGUAUCUUCUCACGCGAUGUCUGGAGGAGAGAUUACGGGCUACGGCUCGACUAGAAGGAAUUCCAAAUGGGAGCGUAAGAGUGGUCUGGGUCGCGAGUAUGAUUUCGCUUGGGGCUCCUAAGGGUGGUCUGAUCUGGGAUGACACCAAGGGCUCGCCGAAGCUCUCUGGGGAUUCUAUGAGCGAUUACAUGCAAGGGAAAGUCGGCUGCGUCUUUCUUGCCGAUGAGUUUGCGAAGCGAGUGAAGGACGAUGGCAUCGUCUCUGUGAGUGUGAACCCCGGACUAGUCAAAACAGAGUUGCAGAGGCACUCUCCAGCAGCAAUGAGCGUAAUCAUGGGUGUCGUGUUCAAAGGACCCAGACACGGCGCAUAUAGUGAGCUAUUCGCGGCUUGUUCCCCAGACGUUUCGGUGGAGAAGUCUGGUUCGUACAUUAUUCCGUGGGGAAGAUAUGGAUGCAUCCCGGGAGACAUCGCUGAGGGAAUGAAGCCGCCAUCAAGCGGGGAGAAGUCUCUAGGAACCAAGUUCUGGAACUGGUCUCUGGUACCUCGUCUUCACAAGCUGGGAUACCAGCAUGGUGGUCAUGCCCCGGUGCCUGCGGCCAAGCGGCAAGCGGCCCUAACGACCAUGUACGUCGGCACCCUCACAGAGGACGCCAACGUGCCAGCGGGGAGUAACGCUCGCGCGAAGAAGAGCCACGCGGUGCCCACGGCGGGCAACGACCUCACAUUCCCUUUUGUGGAUGUCAAGGGAUCGACCUUCCAGUCGUCUAUCAGAUACGACAUGGCCGAGAACAUGACAAUCGACCAUGCCAAGGGGCACCUGACCACCCAGUGGGAUAUGGCAGAGCUCUGCCGUCUCGCAAAGGCCAACACAUCUCUGAUGGUCUAUUGGUGCCGGAAUGCCCUUCUAAAGGAUCUCCGCAGUGCCGGCCACCCAGGAGUGGCAACCGACGAGUAUUAUCCUGAUCUAUCGGAAUUGGUACACAUUGAACUAUGCAGAGACGUCUGGAGGGCGAAACUGCGAUCAACCAUGGUAUCUAUGGAGGUGUAUGAGCAGAGCGCUUGCGAGGGGGAGGUUGCGUGA